AUGUCUACCAAAGAUGAACCCGUCGAUCUGACUACCAUCCCAGUCUCUCCAGGUGGUGAUAACAGCGAUAAGAAGCCAGAAGCUUCAGAGGAACAGAUCACUGUGUUUCAUGACAAGGACAACUUCAAUGUCAAGCACCCUUUGAUGCACAAAUGGACUCUGUGGUUCACCAAGCCACCGAGUGGAAAGGGUGACAACUGGAAUGAUUUACUGAAGGAGGUUAUCACUUUCAAUUCCGUCGAGGAGUUCUGGGGUGUCUAUAACAACAUUGCGCCAACAUCCGAGCUCGCCCUUAAGUCAGAUUACCACCUUUUUAAAGAAGGCGUCCGACCAGAAUGGGAAGACGUGCAAAAUAAGCACGGAGGAAAAUGGUCCUACCAAUUCAAAAACAAACACGCUGUUCCAAUUGACGAACUCUGGCUUCAAGUAAUGCUCGCCGCGAUUGGCGAAACUCUUGAGGAAGAAGGAGACGGAGAACUCAUGGGUGUAGUCGUCAACGUGCGAAAGGGUUUCUACCGUGUCGGUGUCUGGACUCGCACAAUCGGAAAGAGCAUCCCGGGUGGUGGUGACGGAGAUGUCGCUGGUGGCAAGGGAAGGUCCAUAGAGAAGGGUAAAGAUAUCCUUAUGAAUAUCGGAAAGAAGUUCAAGGAUGUUCUUAAGCUUCCUGAGGGAGAGGUGGUCGAGUUUUCUGGUCACACCGAUAGUGCGCAUAGUGGAAGUACCCGCGCGAAAGCCAAGUACACUGUCUAA